AUGUCUACUGCUCCAUUGAGAGCGAGCGCAGACUCUGGAGCGAAGCGAAAGGAACUCGAAGGCUGGAGCAUACGGGAUGUCGGUUACUUUCACCCGGACCUCGAGGACGCGGCGGUCGGGACCAGUGAGGUGGUAACGAUCGGCAAAGAAACCCAUUGGCGCUCAGUCUGUCUGUUCAUCGAUCAAGUCAGGGCACAAUGUUCCAACAAGACGCGCACCGAGCAGAUAACCGCGAAGUUCCCUCAACUACUGCGAGGCCGGGCUCAGCUAUGGUGGACAUCAAUGCUCAGUGAUUAG